AUGGGCUCGGAUAGCCGCCCUGUAUGCCAUCGUUGCGCGCAGAUCAAGCAAGCCUGCGAUGGCAGUUUGCCUUGCGCGCGAUGCGUUCGACUCAGUUUGCCAUGCCGCCCCCGAAAUGCCGCUGGUACCACCACCGGUGACACUCAUGGCGACGUACCCAAGGCUAGGAUUAGAAGAGUGCAGACCGGCUGCUUAAUGUGCAAGCGCCGCAAGAAGAAGUGCGACGAGACCAAGCCACGUUGCGGUGAUUGCCGGCGUCUCUGUCUCGAUUGCGCCUGGCCUCCAGAACGACACGGCAAGCCCAAACCCGGGUCUGGGUCUGCAGAUGAGGCCAUAAAGGAGGAUGUCAACUGCGACGACGGCAUCAUCGAGCCUAUACCAUCCUCAAACAUAAUGAGCCAACUACCGGAAACGGUCAUUCGCGACAUACCUGUUCGAAAAAGCCCCAGCGCAUCGAGUUCAAGCAGCGGAAGGCAUGGCAGUUUCGACAACCAAAGUCAGUACAGCCAUGCGAGUAGCAACUCACAAGUGGGCUACUCCAACUACGCCAACUUCAAUCGACCAGUUGAGCAGACUGCGGUAAUGGCGGUGGCGACGUCAUCCAUGGCAAUGCCAUCUUCUUCCACGAUGCCCACCUCGGGAAUCAUUGGGGAACUCACCCCGGACAUGCCCCCUCAGAGACUGUCAUGGGAUAUGUCGGCAUCGCCUCCGGCCUGGCUCGAUUCAAUCACACCCAUCAGCAAUGGCAGCCCGACGGCUUCGAUAGAUUCAGCACCUUCAUCACAGUCGCUAUCGAUCUAUGUACCACAGCUCAUGCCUCAAUUGAGUGCGCCUCAGGACAGGGCUUUACUGAAUCACUAUUCUACUAUUGUGUCUUCAAUACUGUCUCGCCGGGCUUCUACGGAAAAUCCGUACAAUAGCUACCUCUUGCCAAUGGCUCAGUCGAAUGACCUGGUCCUUCAUUGUAUUUUGGCGCUUUCUGCAAAUCAUUGGCGAAAGCUUCAACCUGCCAUGGGUGAUCGCGGUCUUCUGCACAAGAGCAAAGCGACUCAAGCUCUAGCGGGACUUCUGCCUCAUGUCGAUACAACUAGCGCGGAUAUCGCACUAGUGAGUAGUUUACUAUUGUGCAUGACGGAAUUGUUCGACGGUACCAGUGAGGGUUGGAAACUCCACCUGAAAGGCGCGAAGCGCUUAUUAAUCACACUACGGAAACAACAGGGCGAUAUUCUCACAGGCCAUUACAAGUUCCUGCUUCGCCUAGCGAGAUUCUUGGAUUCUGCUGCCACGACAUCAACAUGCAGACCACCUCUCAUGGGGGCCGAGGCUGCCGAAGCUCAAGCCCUUCAUACUUGGUCUUCCACGCCUGAUGAAGAAGACUCUGCAGUCUACGGCAUUCCCAAAGAACUAUUCCAUUUAGUGGACCGCAUCAACACAUUAGCUGAGCUCCGAAGUACCAGGGUAGACCAAGCUUCCGAAAACGCGUUCCGACGACAUGCCAGCGAAAUUGAGCAUCGGAUCAACAAUUGGUCUUACGAAUACGGCGGCAUGUCAAGGGCUGUUUCUACACUUACGCCAGCCACAGAGGAUGUAUUACACGCUACUCUUGCCUUUGAGUACGCCAUUCGUCUGCGACUCCACCAGAUUGUUGAAGGCUAUGAGUUGACUGAUCCAAAAGUUGGCAAGUAUGUCGAUGGUAUUCUUGAGUGCGUGCAAAAGAUUCGCUAUGGCAGCCCCCUGGAAUCAUGCAUUCUCUUCCCUCUGGUUAUGGCCGGUGGAUCUUGUUGGAAGCUAGAGCAUCGCGUAAUAAUCCAAGACCGGCUUUUGGUCAUGGAACGAACGUGUGGGUUUGGCUACGUCUAUAAUGCUAGAGACCUGGUAGAACGUGUUUGGUCUAGGAGAGAUCAAUCAGAAGGCACAGGGGCAAUUGUGAACUGGGCACGAAUCCGAUACUACGAGAUGCACGGACUAGUGGUUUUCUAG